ACACACUCGUGUCGUGUAUACCACCGCUUAGCCAAUCAAAAUAUUUUCUUCGCCUAUUUUAAUUACCGAUAAGUCCAAUUAUCCAAAAUAUAACUUGAAUAUUAUCCAAACAGAUUUUUCCCCAUCACCGUCUCGUUCUCUCGACAGCCAAGAAAAUCCCCAAGAAAGAAAAAGGAGAUAAUUUUCCCUCUCCAUUUUCCCUAGAAAAAGAAAAUGGCACUUUCCGACCAUUUCUGACCCAAAACUCCGAUUGAAAACCUGAGUUUUCCCCCAUGGCCCUUCUCGUCCCUUCGCCGGAAAUUUCUAGGGUCUUCUGUUGCCCAAACCCUAUUCCUGGAAAGCUCAAGAGCAUAAAAAUUUUCACGAACGAGAAGAAAUUUGGGUCGAAUUUCAGGGUUAGGGUUUGCGCUAGAGUUAAAGAUUGCGAGGUUAGGGUUUCGGAAGGGGAUCAGAAUCUGAGGCUGUACGGACUGUUUUCGGCUCCAGUGAAGCAAAGUUCGAAGCCGAGCAAAGAAGAAGAAGAGAAGCAGAAUUACUACGUGAACAUGGGUUAUGCGAUCCGGACUCUCAGAGAGGAUUUUCCCGAGCUAUUCUACAGAGAGCUCAGCUUCGACAUUUUCAGGGACGACAUCAUAUUUAAAGAUCCUCUUAAUACUUUUGUGGGUAUUGAGAAUUAUAAGUCCAUCUUCUGGGCUUUACGAUUCCAUGGAAGAAUAUUUUUUAAGGCCUUAUGGGUUGAGAUGAGCAGCGUGUGGCAGCCUGUGGAGAAUGUCAUAAUGGUUCGCUGGACUGUCCAUGGAAUCCCACGAGUUCCAUGGGAGAGUUGUGGUCGAUUUGAUGGCACCUCCGCAUACAAGCUUGACAAGAAAGGGAAGAUUUUUGAGCAUCGUGUUGAUAACAUAGUUUCACCCCCAAAGUUCAAGGUUCUGGGUGUAGAGGAUAUAAUCCAAUCUCUUGGCUGCCCCCAGACCCCAAAACCAACAUUUUUUGAAAUUUCACCAUCUUCGUCAUCAAGGGGAAGUUAGUGUUGCAAAACUUGCAUCAAAAUUUUGGAGUAAUGACGUGUUCAUAUGGUUGAGUAAAGAUAGAGCUAGAGCUUUGCAUCAGUUCCUGAUGUUUAGAUUGUCGAAUACUAUGUGAGUUGACAAAGGCUGGUGCUGUACUUGAGGCUGGUAAUUAGCCUUAUGGUCUGUAUUGACCUGGUAAUAUCACUCAAUUCGUAGCCUCCGCUCUCAACUUGGCAAAGCACGAGCAAUAUAGGCCGUAAGUCAUGUAAAACAGUUACUAAAAUUCAGCUAAACAGUAUUGAGAUAAAUGCAAUAUUAUAUAUGCCGUUGUAUAUUUGUAUAGUCUUGAUUGCAAGUUGUCAUUUUCAAGAAUUGUACCUUCUUGUAUGUUGUUCUCGAUGCAGAUGCGACAUUUUAUGAAUGAAUAAAAAGAGAAAUCAUGAAUAUUAACAGGA